CGUUUCACCUGAAGUAUGCGCUCUGCAUCCAUUAAGUCGACGCGAUGUAAAACCAUCUCACAGCAUCAGCGUGAAGUGUCUAUUACCACCGUCUUAUUUCCUGUUUAUAUGGCAACUGCCUCAACAUCCUGUUUUUAAUUACUUCUCUCCGGCAGCAGAUGCUUCUCGCAGCAACCUGCUGUGGAUUACUCCCCUGAGAACUAAUGUGCUGUGACAGACCCCACUUUUCCAAUCAAUAACUCGCCCUAAAUCUGCCAUCUCUCUGCCUGCCAAACACACUCCCACUUCUAAUGGCACAUCAUUUUCUUUAAGGGGGUGUAAUUGCGUGCUGUGGAAAAGCUGCAGCCUCUCUACCUCUGUGUGUGUGUGUGUUUUUUUUCUUCUUAUUCUCUGUUCCGACCACGCUCGUACUGUAAAAGAGAAUGUAAAAGUGCAGAGGCUAGAGCACACAGGAAGUGAUGAGGGGCUUUACACAGCGUGCAGUCUCGCCACCCCUGCACUCACAUCUGACAGACGCACUCACUUCCCUGUUUUGACUGUAACAGUUGAGACAUUUCGAUAAAAAGAAUCACUUUCGCUUCACAAACCUGUUGGGGUGAACUUGUCAGGAUGUUUGUUUGAUUCACGCGAUUUGACCAAUUUGAUAUCUAACGCCAACAUAUCAUGAAUGUGGAUCUAAACUCCUCCAACAUGUCUGUGGAUCCUCUGACAAUGAAGACGGAGCAGGGCCCAGUCGAGUAUCGCAUAGUCGGCCUGGUCUUCUACAGCUUCAUCUUCGUCAUAGGAGUGAUAGUGAACCUCACUGCCUUGUGGGUUUUUGCCUUGACCACCAAGAAGAGAAACUCGGUCACCACCUAUAUGAUCAACGUGGCGCUCGUGGACCUCACCUACAUUUUGCUCCUGCCCUUCAGGAUGGUUUACUUCCAUCAGGACUAUUGGCCCUUUGGAGACAUUUUCUGCCGGAUCACAGCAGCUCUAACCAUCUUCUACCCCUGCAUGGCCCUGUGGCUGUUCGCUCUGAUCAGCACUGACCGCUACAUGGCCAUUGUUCAGCCGAAACAUGGCAAGGAGCUGAGAAACGUCCCAAAGGCUGUGGUGGGCUCCUUGGGGGUGUGGAUCAUGACUCUGGGCAGCAGCGUGCCCCUACUCUUCUCUCAGGAUGACCCCGAUCGCAUCUCCAAUUACACUACCUGCAUCAAGAUGCAAGACAUCAUCUACAUGCGCCGCGAGAAUGCGGUCAACUUCGUUAGACUCAUCUUCUUCUUCCUGGUCCCCAUCUGCAUAAUGAUUGGCUGCUAUGUCGUCAUUGUGGACAACCUAAUCCAUGGACGCACCUCCAAACUGAAGCCAAAGGUGAAGGAGAAGUCCAUCCGGAUCAUCAUCACGCUCAUCGUGCAGGUGCUGGUGUGCUUCGUGCCGUUCCACAUCUGUCUGGUGCUGCGCUUGUUGGGAAACGACGAAGACGGCGGCUUCAACACGUGGGCCGUCUUCACCACUUUCCUGAUGAAUCUGAGCACGGUCUUGGACAUCAUCUUGUACUACAUCGUCUCCAAGCAGUUCCAGGACAGGGUGAUCAGCGUGAUCCUGUACAGGAACUACCUGCGAAGCGUCAGGCGAAAGAGCCGGCACACGCACACAGGAAGCGUCAAGUCGCUGAGCAACCUAACCAGCGCGAUGAUAUGAAAGUCCGUGGCACAGAUACUGUACCAACAAUAUGCACACUAGAUGCAUCACCGUGUACUGUUUAUGUAUAAUUACCUGAAGGAUCAAGAAACUGCAAUUAAUUUUCCCGAGUGCAAUUUACACUCACAGUAUGGAAGGGCUGCUGUUGUGGCGAAAACAUCUGUGUUCAGAGCUGAUUGACUCACCCAUGAGACUUGAGUUGUUUCCAUGCCUUUUUUUUUUUCUCUCUCUGCUAAAGAAAGCAUAUGCGGCACAGGUGUGACGUGUUCAGGUGAAAAUGUAACUGUUUAAAACAAAGCAUAGUUGUGCACAAGCAUCAGAAACCUCAAGAAAGCAUCAUGAAAAGAGGGUCUGACAUGUUCCACAGGAAGCAGCGGCGGGGUUGUUAAAGGUUGCCGCUCGGUUGCUGCACCACAUUUAACAGGUCCUUCCUCUUCAGCCUCUCAGCUCUGCGAAGGCGGAGUGAGCAAAUUUAAGCCAUGAGUGAUGUGUGAUGUCACCUGUCUGCUUUGCAAAUACACCGCACGUGUUUGACUUCUGCCAUUUCAUGUUUGUUGAGUUUAAGAUCGACCACUUGAGACAGGAGGCAAUUUCAACACCCAGCACUGACAGUAAAGGUUGCUGCGAAGGUUGCUUUAAAUGAACCGACCAGGUGAUGGCAGCAUGGCACAGCUUAGACGCUAUCCACCUGCCAGAGCAACACACACACACAAAGUGCUUUUAAAAACUUUUGCAGAGUUGACGGCAAAAUAAUUUUGUCUCUGUUGCGUCGCCGCAAAAUAUUUACCUUUCAUUCAUUUAGAUUCAUAAAAAAACAUUAGUACAUCCGUUUUCCAGUUAACAACAGUCAUAAUGGCUUCCUCCACCAGGAAUCUGACUAAAGCGUGUUUAUGGGUGCAAUGUGAAAAGUAUUGAUUAGGUGUUAAAUGAUUUAGUUGCUUGGAGUGCAUUUACAGUAACAUGCUCGAGAGAUGUCAGAGAGGCUAUUUACAAGAUUUACUGCAACCUUAACCUUUAAACAGAAAACCUUUUUCAGCACAUGGAUGUUUCAGUUUCAGAUUUCUGCAGCAGGUGAGAGAGGCAUUUUAUUCAAAAUGUCUCUCUCGUAAAAAUACUGAAGUCAGAGCAGAAUAGGGGGCAGAAGAGGCUUGCAGGCAACACCAAAAUCAACAUUUUAAGUGUUGGGAGUUGUUGCACCAACUUCAAACAUGCAAGGAGUCCAUCUAUGUUGAACAUCCAAAAUAUAUGCUAUAAAAAGAACCCUCAAAACAGAAUAACUCUCAGUAUAUGCUCUCUGUAGUAAAACUUGGUGACAACAACAAUAUAUUUCUGAAAUCAGUAAACCUACAUUCCAUUCCCACUCUUCUUAAUGAGGUGCCUAACAAGGCAUCACCUGAACAAAAAGCAUUAUGAAAACCUGGUGGUCCAAAUGUUGAUUUCUGAAAUCUUCUUGAGCUAAAACUCAAGUAUUAUCUUGUUUUCAAAAGAAAAAAAAGUUUUGAAAACAGCAUAUUUCUUAUUUGGACUUUUUGUCGUAUUCUGCAAAUAAAAACUCAAACUGAAGUUCGUCGUUAUGUUUGGAGUUUUUAGGGAAAUGUCAGUAAUUUGGAAACUAAAACAUAAUUUAGUUUAAAAAGACAGAAGUGUGCAUGAUGAAAUUUCAGAAAGUACCCCUGAACUUCAUCAGCUGUAAGAACAAAAUAGAACGCCCCGCACAUCUGAAAGCACACGCAAAACAUGUCUAAAAUAAAGUUUUUGAAACGAAGCAAUAGAAGUUUAGAAAACAGCAAAACAUAACUUUGAAAAAAAAAGUAAACACUAGAAAUUGUCAGGAACAAUAGCAUUUUCCAAACACUCCCAGUUAAAUAGUUAACAAUAAACUGAACAACACUGGAUAACUUCAAACACCUUAAACACUGGCUGCAGGUCAUUUUGUUCCUGUGCCUCUUCAGGCCCCCCACCUUACACCCAUGUGUUACCGCUGACUGAACAUGUGCUUUCCAUUACGCAUUUGUUCAUUUCUUCAUUUCGCUUAAGGGACGGUUCAGGUUUUUUUAAUGGAAGUUUGUGAAAAUAUUCUUGUAAAUCUUCCCUAACCUACAGUAAACAUGUAACAUGUGGCAGUGAGUUUGUAGAACAGUGAGAUCAGAGGGAAACUAACAGGCAGUCAGAAAGACAGCAUUACAAAAGUGGUUAUUAAAUGUCUUCUUGGGAGUAAUAAGGUGUUGUGUCCCAUGAAUAUAAAAUUUUUUUUUUAGCUUAGGAUAUUUUAAAUGAGACAAAAUAAGGGGGCACAUCACUCUGAGAAUUGCUUUUGUUUUCAAUAACAUUAAAGGAUAGACCUUUAAAACGAGUAAGGUAUUUGUUACAGAAAUCUGAUUAAAUUUCAAAAUUGCAAACAUAAGAACUGUGAAGGCACAACAGUGGAAAAAAAAAACAAACACCAAAAGAAAAACUGAAGCACCAGCAGUACUCAGAAGUGACUGAUCAGUGUGAAAUAGUAAAUAAAAACCAAACUACUGCUCAAUCUGGCAAAAGAUUCUGGUUUAAUGGAUGUUUUUCUGAGUGUGUACGCCAUUGUCUUUACAGUAGCUACACCCUGUCUGCAUUCUCUGGGUCUCUGGGAGACAUUUGGCUGACUUUUACAGUAGUCGCAGGCGAAGACGAGGCCGCUCUGUCCGAUAUAAGGGGGAUAGAUUUACAUUGUGCUAAACAAGAGAAGGCAGACAGCGGGAUUUCCAUUUCGCAUGCAAUAUUGGCACCUGCACUCCAUCAUAUGGUGAUAGUUUUAUUGGCUAGUGGACUACCGGUGGAUUUAUAGCUCGUGAGUCAAAGGUUGAAGGAAACAUCAGAGGGUCGUCUAUCUGUCCCACCUGUUAGACAUAAAAGAGAGAAAAAAACAUCCACGCUGCUCAAAGCAACUGGCAUUUAAAACAAUUAAGUUUCCUGUCAAGUCCCUGUGAUGAAUUAUCCGGAAGCUUUACCCGCUGUAAUUCUAAAUCUUCCCAACAAGUGCCUUUGUUGUAGAGAAAUUAAUGAAAACAAGAUUGUCUUUCAUAGGAACUGAUCUCACAGCGCGACAGCCAGCUGCUCUUCUUUGGGAAUAAAAAAAAAAAAAAAAAAAAAACAGUCAGCAUUAAACACAGCUCACACAAAAUACUCUUUUUUUUUUUUUUUUUCCCACCACUCGUGUGGAAAACAAAUCAGGCGGCAGGCGCAGUGGCCAUCUGUUUUGUUAUUUGAUAUGUGUGAAUACAUGUUGUAAUGACUUUGUUUGUGAAUCGCUCUGCGCGGCGGAACACACGAGAGCUCUCGAAGUGCUGGAGUGUUCAAAGCUAAUCAUAUAAUUGGACACAAUAGUCGAUGACAAAUGGAGACGCUCGGAGCCAGCCAGCUGGGGAAGUGAAUAUGUAAUCAUUGUAAAAUCAUAUCAUUUUUGCAUAUUUGAAGACAGCUUAAUAGAGUUUGCGUGUCAGCGCACCAUCAAAUGAUGAUCAGAGGCAGUUCUGCCGCAUUUGUUUUCCGAAUCCGACUUUGUUAGGCUAUUUAUCUUGAUCUUGAUUAAAAGUGUUUUCACAAGA